UCUCUCUCUCUUGCUCUGCGCUGCGGCGUCGCAGCUCUCUCCUCUCCUCUCUCGGUAGAAGGGGAAGAGUCGGCGGGAGGGCCAAAAGCCGGCUGCUGCGAGACAUGACACAUGCGAAAAGACGCGCGCGCACUCGGCGCCCGUCCGCUUCGCACGAGGGACACCAGCAAUCACCACGAGCUCUCUCUCUCUCUCUCUCUCUCUCUCUCUCUCUCUCUCCCUCGCUAUACUCAUAAGCUGCCGAUUUUUUUUCCUCCAUCUGCGCCGAGGAGUCUCCGAGGAGCCAGUCGAGUCGCCGGUAUUGUUGUUGUGCGCAGGUGUGCAAAUCGAGGCAUCAGCGUAGGAGAUAUGGGUUCGUCCGGCAGUCUGUUUUGGGGCUCGGCCAACGACAACGUCCUGAACCCGGCGACUGGGUUGACCGGUCGGCAGAAGAAGCUCGUCCAGAACAUGUGGGCCAUCGUCAGGAAGGAGCCGAUACCCAAUGGCGUUGCCAUCAUGCUCGCCUACUUCAAAAAGUAUCCGGAAUACCAGAAGGUCUUCACGCACUUCAAGGACGUGCCGCUCGAGGAGCUAUCGGCCAACAAGAAAUUCCAGGCGCACUGCCUCAACAUCGUGACGGCACUCAACAAUCUCAUCGACUCCAUAAACGAUCCGGCCCUGCUCGAGGCCAACCUCGUCGCCAUAGGCGAGAGGCAUCACAGACGUGGCCAGACCAAAGAACAGUUCCUCCAUCUGAAGGAGGUGAUAGCGGAGGUACUGCGCCAGAAGCUCGGGGCAAAGUUCACGGCCGAAACCGCGGAGGCUUGGAACAAGACGAUCGACGCUGCUUACACCGGCAUCUUCCAGACCUUUUCCACGUAAUGCAGGCUCCUCCGCUCCGACACCCUCGUCCCGACGCCGUAAUUCUCUUCCCAAUCGCGCCAAUAACAGAGCUAUAUCUCUUCAACCGAUGAUUUCUACUCGUCGCUGCUGUAUAUACAAAUACUAUACUCGAUAACAAUAUUAUAUGAAUGUUCGCUUGUGCUCUCGUCCUGAUAAGGAGCUGAUACGCCAAUGGCUCUGAACACACACGUACACGUUAUACACAUACAGACGCUCUUUUGUAAUACGCGCGUCGCGUUCUUAUACAACAUUCUUAUAUAAUAAUAUCGGGUACACAAUCUGUUGUUACAAUUAUAAGUGCGCAUAUAGAAAAUUGCUGUAUGUAUAAAUGUGUGUCCUUUUCGAAAAUUCUCGUACACCAGCAAAAGCGAAGCUCAGACAUUAUCACGCACGGCCACUGCAUCGCGCGGGUCUCUAGAGCGCUUAGACACAAUAGAGGGAAUAUGCGACUUCAUGCUAUUGUUUAGCGCGAAUGAGAGAGACGGAGCGAGCUAACAAGUCGAGUCGCGACGGAGAAAGAGGAGCGCUAGCUCCGAUCGAUAAAAUCGUAUACACCGUUUUCAGAGCGAGCCGCGAAACACUUGUUCGCUACUUUUCGUCUCUUAUUCUCUCUUUCUCGCAUUCGAUCCCUUGUAAAGCUUACACUUACAUACAGAGACGAUGUAACGCUGAUUUCGAAUAUAGGCCAUUUGCAUAUACACACGUACCUCACUGCACCUAUACACACAAUCUCCCGCGCGGAGACGAGGACUAUAAAUUUUUUGCUUUCGAAGAUCGCUAACAACUGCACGCACACGGCGUAUGAUAUAUGAUAUGCAUAGCAUGUUAUACUUUCGACAGCGUCAAUAUAUAUAUAUAAUACACAUCACCUUCGUGGAUAUUAUAACACAGAUACGCAUUGACGUUAUUGGUAUAUGAUAUACAUAUACGAUGAUUGAAUAGCAAAUUCGACAUUUAUUUUUUUAACUACCUUUUUUGUGUACUAAAAUAUUAUAAAAAUAAACUCUUUUUUAAUAAACUUUGUUCUAAACUUC